GUCUGUUUCCAUGGAGCUGAUAGAAGCUAAAAGCUCGUCUUUUCCGAUUAGCCUGCAGCGAUGUAGUUGAUCUGUUUUUAGUUUUUCCUCUUUGUUUUUUUGCAUUUUUGAGCUUUUACGAUGUCAGGACAACAAAAUAACGACAAAACGGAGACUCUGUUUUCAUUUGAGCUUUUGGUGGAAAAUAUCCGACUUGAUGAAGCAGGUAAAGUUUCCGAUCAGCUGGCUGUAGGUGUGAAGCUGCUGGAUUUCCCCACCCUGCUUAUUUACCAGCCCCGACAAAAGAGUGACGGAGAAACCCGAGAAAACCCUGAUGUUAGAGAUGAACACGUCUUCAACAGAGGGAAGUGCUGCUUCUUCAAAAUGAAGCUGAGCUGUCUGCACACUCACCUGUCCAACACUCCUCUGUAUGCCAUGGUGCUGGAUGUGAAAGAGGAGAUCCCAAAGUUAGUGGGGACUUCUCUGAUCUCCCUGAAUAAAGUGAUGAAGAGGAUCAGACAGGAUGUGAUGGAGAACGGUGUCUCCGCUCUUUCGUCUUACGGCGAGCGGGGCCUCGUUGGUGUUUGCAGCCUUACAGGGGAGAAGAUUGGAUCCAUAUCUCUGAGUUAUAAACUGCAAAGUCUGGGGGGAAAUUUGCUCUCACAUGCAACAGAAGGCAGCAAUGCUUAUAGUGGAGAACAUGUGCAAGAGAGCAGGACUGAGGAGAAUAAAUCUGCAGAUUCACCCCCGGCAUCUUUACCUGCACAAGAUAUUUAUGAAUUUCCAGAUAAAGAAACAUUAGAAAAUGAAGAUAAACAGGACAGCAGUGUUUAUGUUGCUGUGCAGAGUGAAGAAACACCCCAGACAUUUAACGAGGAUAACUUUGGAGAAGAUUCAACCAUAUUUCGUCCGCCUCAUCUCUUCUUUUGUAACUCUGCAGAAGAAAAAAGCACAAAUAAAAGCGGCGAUUGUCCAUUUUUGAAUCCUAACUCUGCAGCUUUUCAAUUUGAGGACACGUCCUCUGAAGAAGGCGAUAAAACUGGGGGUGUAAGUUCCCCUACGGAGGCCCGGAGAGGAAAACAUGGUGUAGAAAUGCAGGAAAACAAAGGAACAAGUGGUGUAACACCAAAUCUCCACGGGGAAGCCGUACAACAGUUGCCUCUGCUGAACGCUCUUCUUGUCGAGCUGUCACAGUUGAACAGACAGACUCCACAGCAGUCCCUGUCUAUUCAUCCAAAUCUAGCCUGGAUUUACAGACCUGCUUCUGCAGAGCCGUCAGCUGUGCAAAACAAAUCAUUGCAGGCGCUCAGUCCAAGUGUAAAGCGCUUACACUCCCCAAGAAACUGCUCUACACCUUUGUUUAAGCACGCAUCUUUAGGAGGGAAAGACAAACAAGAAGAGAGGAAAAGUUACAGCACGUCUCCGAGGAAGAAGCUUGUGUUUGGUACGACUAAAACCUUCAAUCUGAGGAUGAAGCAAAUUUCUCCUGAUAGAGCGAAACGGCGAGAAUGCGUGGAGUUAAGAAUACAGAGUGAAACACGAGCAAGUCAGGUAAAAGGAAAGAAAAAGUCACACAAGAAGGUUAGCAAAAGAAAAGCAGAUGUAAAGAAGCUGCCCUCGAGUCUUAAUGAAAACAUAGAGACGGUAAUAGAGAGUGUCAAAGAGGACGCUUCACUCAAAGAAACCAUCACACUGAAACAGAAAGGCCUGAGUAAACAAGACAGACACUCUCCAGGAAAGUCAGAGAAAGCACCUCUUUCUGAAAGAGACUCCAAGUUUAUUGACAUCCCGAGUGUAGGAAGUGACAUUUUUGCCGGAAACAAAGAGGAGAAGGAGCGUCAGAGUGGAUCAAAUCAAUCACAGUCAGACAGAGGCGGAGAGAACAUCCACUCUUCCAGGGGCAGCAGCACAAAAUCUUCAAUUUCAGACUCUGCUGGUGAAGGAAACGACGAGGAAGACUACGCUGAUGACUUUAACAGCCUGGAGCCCAGUGAGGCUUACUCUCCUGACCCCAUGAGCAGCCCUGAGUCUUCAAGAGCCAAGACCCCAAAACCACCGGUGCGUCCCGCCUCUGGCUCCAGCUCUGAGGGUCCCCAAAGGAGAGCAGCCCUCCCUGUGCCUAUAAAAGCCCCCGCCUCUCCUCCACAGAGGACUCUGAGGGGGACACACGUCAUCCGACCCAGAACCCAGGCCUCGGCCCUCAGCUUCUCCUCCGACGACUCUGACAAAGACACAUCAGCUUCUUUACAAACAGUUCUCUCGAGGAAACAGACGACUGAGAGCAGCAGAGGGGACAGGAGCUCAGGCGCUGACAGUUUAAUAUCGUCAAGAGGUCAGAGGAGCGAGGCGAGCAGGAACAGCAGAGCAGCUCCGGGAAUCUCUGCAGAAUCAUUUUCCUCUUUUGAUCUGCAGGAGGUGGAGGAAGAGUUGGAUGAGCUCGGGUCGAUGGAUUUCAGGAAGGGGUAUCAGCACAUCUCUGAGCUGGUGGCAAACAAACUCCCUGGUUACACCAUGUAAAGACAGAAAUAGUCAAAUAUGUGGUUAUAAGACGGCUUCACAAGCUCUCUAAUGUGAGUGACACAGAGGAGUCGGUGUUUAUGGACUAUUAGGUUUACCAUAUAAUGAGGUGUGUGGGUGUUUAAUAAGGAACAUAAAAAAAGACUGAAACGCUGCUGGUUUGGAUCGAGACUGUUGUUUUUUAUUAGACAGUAUUUUAAGCAAAAGAUUAUAGAUCAUGCGAGGUUGUGUCCCAUCCAUUUUAGAAUAUAUUCAGCUUGACGGGGUAUAAACUUGUUUUUAAAGUUCCUGUGAGGAUUUAGGAGCAUCUUGUGAGAAUAUAAUGUCAUUUAACCCCCAGUGUUAUGGAACGUGAGCUCGGCAGUAUCAGAAGUAUCAGGACUCUGAAUCGAUCGUACAUGAAAGUGGAUCUGUUAUGAAGACAGGCAGGUCAGGAGGCAGCGUGCGCUCGCUCCUGCAACCUCUGCUUUUUGUCAAAUUAACUUCAACUCCACAAGAUGAUCCAUGUUCCUCAUUUUAAUGCAGGCAGACAACUUCUCUCCUAAAACCACCUUAGGGUUUUUAUUGUAACCUACAGAUAGGUCAAACCUGUAAUUAUAACCGCUUUUCUAACAUUUACAUCCACAUGAGUAGUAGGACCUUAAAUUCAGGAGGAUGAAAAUCAAAAUCUGUUUAUUAUAACUCUCAGGUGCACGAGUUUGUUUAAUUUUUUAAGAUGUUUGGCGCAUGAUAGUAAAAAGAGAUUAAAUGAACUCUUCACAACAAGUACACAGAAGUACUCCCCCUGUCAAGAACUAAAAUUAUGGGAUAUAAUAUUUGUAAAUGAUCUACAGUAUAUAUAAAAUAUAUUUUAAUGUGUACUAAAAACUUUUUGCAUUUCAGGUAUAAUUUUUCUUAAAUAAAGACAAGCUGUCGCAGAGGCUG